UCGCCCAAAAAGGACAAGAAGAAGGAGACAGGGGGCUCAAACAUCGUUGGCAUGUUUGAGCAGAGCCAGAUCCAAGAGUUCAAAGAGGCAUUCACAAUCAUGGACCAGAACAGAGACGGUAUAAUUGAUAAGAGCGACCUCAGGGACACCUAUGCCGCUCUGGGUCGCCUUAACGUUGGUAACGAUGAGCUCGACGAGAUGAUGAAGGAGUGUUCAGGACCUCUCAACUUCACUUUGUUCCUCAACAUGUUUGGAGAAAAACUCAAAGGAACUGACCCGGAGGAGACGAUUCUCAAUGCCUUCAAGGUCUUUGACCCAGAAGGAAGUGGAGUCCUCAUGGGGGAGGAGAUAAAAAAUCACCUCAUGUCACAGGCUGACAAGUUUACAGAGGAUGAGAUAAAUCAGAUGUUUGCAAACUUCCCUCUGGAUGUCACUGGUAACCUUGACUACAAGAACUUGUGUUAUGUGAUCACCCACGGAGAGGACAAAGAGCAGGAGUGAAAGGAGGAGACAAAAAAAGAGGAGCAGCAGCAGCAGCAACGGCAGCGGUCGAGACAGUGAAGCUUCUGCCUGUAAAUAGUCUGGGCACGCUGUGAAGUUGUGGUGUACAGCGUGUGUAAAUGUAA